GUGGUUCUUGCUUUCUUGGAACAAGUAUUGAAACAAUUCCCAUGCAAAUUACUUUCACCCUAUACUAAACCUGAUCAAUUUUCUAUUUCCAAAGGUGUCUCCCAACUGUGAGAGUUGUUUAAUAAUUUUUGGAAAAUAUUACUGUGGUAUUUGCCGCUUAUUUGAUGACAGAGACAAAGGACAGUUUCAUUGUGAUGACUGUGGAAUUUGUAGGUAAGUUUGAAUGGUUUCAGAAAUGUGUUUUGUACUGAUUCUUUAAAAACCCUUCAAUAACACCAUUUUAUGUUUAUGUCCAAGUAUAUCAGGCAUCUGGAAUCAUGAAACCAUGCAAUGUAAUCAGCUUUAGAUAUUGUAUGAUUAAAUAUAGAUAUGCAGUAAAGUACCAUUCUUGAUCAUUUUUCACUUCCAAAAUUUACUAUUUUUUCCACCGAGACAUGCAUAGCCCAAUUGCGAUUGCUUUGGGAUAAUUCUCGAAACAAAUGAGAAUUUGAUCUAAUAUAUUUCCUUCUUGAUGGCAUGAUAUAAUGUAGGGUUGGAGGACGAGAUAAAUUCUUUCAUUGUGGUAAAUGUGGCAUGUGUUUAAGUAAAUCCAUUCUUGAUUCUCACAAGGUAUGACUACAUAUCUUAGACUUAGUAGUGCAGGCCUUAAAAUAUCUUUUACAGGGCCGUCUGACAAAAUGUCCGAUGAAUUCGAGUUUUGGUCGGACACACGUAUGAUGAUGUCCGAUGACCUUCAGUUCAGAAAAUUAAUUAAUUUGUGUCAUUCAGACUUAUUUCUGAUACGGAAAUAAGUCUGAAUGACACAAAUUAAUACCAGCACAAUGUAUUAAUUCUGAACUAAAUCUUAUGAAGAUAUUAAAUAAAAUGUGUCGUUCAUGCUUACUUCCAAGCCAAAAUUAACUUGCUUGGGUGCAUUUUGAUUUACAAAGCUACAGUUUGGUCAGACACCAAUACACUCGGGUCGGACAAACAAUAAACCUCAGUUUCACUUAGAUCGGACAGAAUGUCCGGUGGUUUCCUCACUACGUCGGACAAUCUCACGAAUGGGUCGGACAAUGUCCGUGACCGACCGAUAUUUUAAGGCUUGAGUAGUGUACUGUACUGUACACAUACAGUAUCUUCAUUAGUUAUUAUUUGAAACUUACAAAAUGUUUAAUGCAAUAAUGAACAUCGAAAAUAAAAUUUAUUAUAUUUGUAGUGUUUGGAAGAAAGUUCCAGAAACAAUUGUGCUAUUUGCUUAGAGGUAUUGAUUAUGUGCUGUUUUUAACAAGUACAGAUUUUAAAAUGUUGCAAACAUGAUAUGUUUAUCAGUCGUUUUCCACAUACGACUUUAUUUGUAGACUGUAGAAUUGUUUAUUUCAUUGAGUGUUAAAUAUACUUACAGUAAAAUACUAUUUACUGAACUUUUCAACUUAGGAUCUACAUACCUCUACAAUUGCAGCUCAUGUUCCAAAAUGUGGUCAUCUUAUUCACUCGUAAGUUAGAAAUUUUGGCUACUAUUUGUGCUUCAGUACUCAGUGGAUAAUUUACCACUAGUUUUAUCCUUUAAUACAGGUUAAUUUUAUCCAUUGCAAGUUUGUUACCAGACCAUCAAUACCAGACCGCAAUUCCGAAAGUAGCGAGCCCCUUCUACUUUCGGUUUUAUGCGCUGGAAUUGCUUACAGAAGUAAAAAAAGUAGAAAACGUUAAUCUUUAGAGUAGAAAACGUGCAUGUUUUCAUACUAUAUUUGGGAAUGUAUCGAAAUCACCUGGGCCAAGAAAAAUACCAGGUUUCUUUUCUUUUUUAGAAACGUUCAUCUUUAAAAAACGUCUAAUUUCACAGAAAAUAAAAUUUCUUAUUUUUUUUAUUUUCGCCACGAAGUGGGUACGAAAAAUUGCUCCCAGUUCUUUGCAAGCUUCAGUAAAAAAUUUGGUGAUAUCUAACAUGAAAAUAGAAUUGGGAAGCCUAGUAUGUAUUUUUUUCUUGGCCCUGUUCUAUCGAAAAUUGCGUUACCAAUGAAUAAUUUCUAUAUCGCCGUAAAAUUAACGAGUUGUUAUAUAUUUCUAUUUUCCGUCUGCUUACCUUAGGACUUGUUACAGUGACCUACUUCAAUCUGGGUAAGUUUUAAAGAUUGUAUUGACCGCUCUUGCCCAGUUUUCUCCGCAUGAAAUAUUAAACUUACCCACUGCUGCUAAUCUAUACAACAUGAAUCAGUUUCAUAUUUAAAUGUUCCAAAAAAUGUUUUAUAUCAUUAUGUAUUUGAAUAUUGAGAUUCCACAAACCAGUUACUGUCCGACUUCUCAGUGCGCUGGUGUAUGAGAAUGUACGUGGCUGGGGUAUUUAUUCUAAAAAUUUUAUUCACAUACUUUAUUACUGUAUUUUGUAAAGUGGAUACACAUGUCCAACAUGCAACGAAUCCUUGGUAGAUAUGUCUUCAACUUGGAGUAAAUUGGAUUCUACGAUUGCACAAACUCCAAUGCCUCCGGAAUAUGCGAAUAUGGAUGUGCGAGUGAGUGAACAGUAUAUAAUUUACAUACAGUAAAAUCAACCAUUACGUAAAAUUUCCAGUGUAUAAAAGUGAUCAAUGUUGAUUGGCCUUUGGUGAUUGGCUAGCGCGUUCGAUGCACUCUAGAUUACUGCAGGAAUGACGAAACGAACUGCUUCGAGCACUUGUCGACUUUAUGACAUUGUUAAGCUUUUAAGAGGACUUAUAACCUUACAUUUUCCGAGCUUUGAUGACCUUUCAAUUUUGAUACCCUUUCUGAAAUCAACGUUGAUGACUCAUAAUAGUCGAUCAAUAAUUCAUCGACGCACGCCAGCCUCUAUAAAAUCAGUACAAACAGAACUGCGCUUUUGCUACCUGAAAACCACAAUAUCCAGUCACUCUUUAGUAGUUGAGGUUAGUCCCAAGUUUUUGUUUCAGAUUCAGUGUAAUUUUCAGGUGGUACUUUUUGUAAGACUUUGAAGGCUUUUCACAGGGUUCGUACUUGAAAGUCAUUCAAUGUCCUUGAAUUUGAAAAUAAAAAGCCUUGCAUUUGUAAAGAAGUACUUGAAAGUCCUUAAAUUUUUCUUGCUUUAGUUUUUGGAUAUUUCCUGAAAUUGUUCGGCAUUCAAAACGGACAUUUUGUUGAAUUGAUUUUGCAUGUUCAUAUCGGACAAAGCUGUUUGAAACUCAUUAAAGUUGCAAAAAUUCAACGUCAGAUUUUACUGAUUGCUAACCCCUUUUUCUUCAGUAUUUAGCUCUUGAAUUUGCGGACACAUGACCUUGAAAAGUCCUUGAAUUUGACUCUUCCUCACAUGUAUACAAACCCUGUUUUCAGUUACAAGAAAACAACAUUCCCUAAUAUGACCGGGAAUUCUACGUAAUGUUUUACUCAGGGUUUUACUGUCGCGCCAUGAUCAGCCCUGUGAGGACAUCGUCUCAAUCAGAACGAUUAAAUUUGACUGGUGACAUCAAUCAGUCAGAUCAUGCCGAAGCUGAAAACAUUAUAGAGAGGAGCCGAAAUAAUUGUAGUUAUCGAGAAAAUUUUGAAAACAGUGCGACAUUUUGAGAACAGUGAUGCUCAGAGUCUUAAAAGUCUUUGUACUUUGAUUCGUGUACUGUACAUUAUCGUUUUAAAAACUGAACAAAACGCUUAAUUUUAUUUUAGGUUCUUUGUUGUGACUGUCACAAGGUAAGAACUGGGGCCUCAUCAAAGUUAAACGUUCGUAUACGUACGUGUGUACUAGGAAAUAACUAAAUUAAUAAAAAGAAAGUAUUAAGGUGUGUGCAUGAAAUCUAACGUAUAUUGCUGUCUUAGUACUUAUAUAAAGUUAGGAAGAUUCAGUUCAUCAGACAAAGUCUGCGUGUGUAUUUUCACAUACAUAUGAAAAACACUUGACUGGAACACUGCUUUUACCGCAUUUAUUAUUAGCAUGACAAAAUUACUGGAUGCUGAUUGGUUGAGAGGAGUACAAUUAUUUCAUUAAUUGUACUGCAGUAGAAUUAAUGAUUUUCCCAAAUCAAACAAAAUGGCGGAAAGGUAUUUUAAACACAAGCGUGAAAUGAAAUUGCCGUGAAGAAACUAGAUGAAAAUACGAACAAAAGCAGCAAAUUUUGCUUGAACGAAAGAACUAAAUGAAAAUACAAACAAAAGCACCAAAUUUUGGUUGAAAGUCUGGCAGGACUGGGCUUUGGCGAGAGAAUAUGAUGUUGACAUUGAGAUAGUACGUAUCCAAUUUUGUCAUGCUAAUAAUAAACAAGUAAUCAUGCGAUGUUGCUCGUACAAUUAGGGAUUAAUAGUACUCGUGAUGUUUGGAAAUUUGCCAAAUCGGACUCGCCUCGGCGGCUCGUCCAAUUUUGGCAAAAUUUCCAAACAUCACUCGUACUAUUAAUCCCUAAUUACCUAUACUUAAAUUGGACUAAAAGAUUAAAACGAAUAAGAUUUAUGUUUAGAAAAACAUUUAUCAACUCAUGCAGUGUACGAAUAAUUUACAGAAGCAAAUACUAGGUACCGGCAUUUCAAUAUAUAGGACAUGAAAUUACAACCUGCUAACUUUUGUCAUCUAUUUUCACAUGCAGUAUUGUAUGUCCUAUUAUACAUCGCUUGACUUGCGGCCUAGGCCGGGCGGCCCUCAGGACACCUCUUCACCUACAUAUGGUAGUGGUGCAUGUUCAUUUAUGUAAUAAUUCAUGCAUGGUAUUUGUUAUUUAGUAUUCCAUGGUAAAAUUUCACAUUAUUGCUCUGAAAUGUGGUGAAUGUGGUUCCUACAACACAUGCCGUGAUGAUGAUGGUAAUGCUCCUGUCAACCCUGCAGUUGCCGCAGCUGUAGUGGCUCAGGCUCAGAAUGUUUUAGAGUUAGAAGUGCAGGAGGGAGAGGAUGAUGAUGAGGAUGGUGAGGGUGAAAUAGGGGACGAUGAUGGUUCAGAAGGUACAAGUGACGACAUGACAGAUAAUGGCGAUGAUGAUGAUGCCUCCCUUCGAUCUGACUUGUCUUUAGACUAGACGUUAAUAUAUAAUUUGUUGAAUUAUUUAAGCGUUCCUUUAUACAGCCUGGAUUUAAACAUCAAGUUUUAAUACACCUUCAGUUACGUUUAAUCUUCAACGGAAUCUUCGCACGAAACUGACCACGGUUUAGAAGGAUCCAUAGCAAUUAAAUGAUGCCCAGUCUAGAAGGACAAUAAUCAGACAAUUCAUUCUCCGAAACACGACAUCGAUCGCAUCGCAAGAAUGAAUGAUAAAAUAUUGAUCAAAACACUGAAUAACUCCUACAAGGAUUCUCUCAAGCAAAUGUUGGUUUCAGGUUUCAUAGCCAUGUUUCACAAGGAAGGUCGGGAAAACGUUUUAUUUUAUAAAUAAUAAUAAACUUUAUUUAUAUAUAGCGCACAAAUCCAAAGCUAUUCAAGGCAAUUUACAUGAUUUAAAAAUAGAACUACUAUAUACAAACAAAGUAAGGCACCUAAAGUUAUCUAUAUAAAUAAAGAUUUGCUACUAACAAAUUUUGAAAAAAGAUAAGUUUUAACUGACUUCUUAAAAGCGUAAACACUAGAUGACUUGCGAAUAUCCAAUGGUAAAAUAUUCCAAAGUCUAGGUGCACAAACUGAAAAAGCUUUAUCACCAUAUGUCUUCGUAAUAGUCCUCGGUUGACUUAAUUAAUAGUUCAUUCGAUACAGAUCGUAGUGAUCUUGAGGAUUCGUGAAACUGUAGUAGAUCAGUUAGAUACCUGGGACUCAUGCCAUUGUUUGUUUUAUAAACUAGCAAUAAAAUUUUUAAAACUAUGCGGUAAUGUACUGGCAGCCAAUGCAGAUAAUAAGCAGCAAUAUUUAUAGGAAGUACAACUGCGUUUCCAGCGAAGGCCCUUCGUCGGGAAAUUAGUAAGCUACAGUACUUGGAUGUUCUGCUUAUAUUCUGCAUACUUCCCUACGCUGGCACAAACCGUUCAAGAUUUUAUAUUAAGUAAUAUUGUGUACAAUACAAAAUUAUAGACAAAUGUAUAAAAAUACAUUGAUCAUGAACACGACUAGACAUGAUUAAGACGGACAAAAUGUUAAAUAGAAGCCAGAAAUUUUGUAAAAAGAGAGAAAUUUUGCAAAUGUGUCAAUAAAACGUUCAUGAUCGGAGACGUUUUUAACAGGUCGGUCGGGAACCUGAAACCAACAUUUUGUUUGGCCUACGUUAUUCGUCCAGCUCGAUAGGUUUUUAUUGAGCGAUUAAGAAGAAAAGUUACCAGCUAGAACUAUAUUGUACAUAAACUAAUUUCGAUCAUCAAUUUUAUCUGCGAUUUUAUUCCUAAUUUUUAAAAAAAUAUGUGUACUAUACUGUAUGUGAACUAUAUUUAUCAAAAUUCAUAUUAUGCAACAAGUAUACAAUGUAAUUCGUACCUCUGUUGACCUUGCCUCAACUUUGAUAACACAGUUUAAAUUCCCACAAUGGCUCACACAGUUCUGACUUUUAUUGCAGUUCAACCUUACCAUAACAGACUGACGAGACUAAACAAAAAUUGCACUGGAAUAUAACGGUAUGCCAAGGUAGAUGAGAUGGUGUCAUGGUGGUUUUGAAACUGAAGAGGUUUCCUGCAUGUGUUUCUGUCAUAUUAAGCUAAUACUUCUUUCAUACUUAACGUUCCAAUUUUGAUUGGGAGCCCAACUUAAAAAAGGGGCAAAACAUUUGGAAUCCCAAGGAGGACUAUGCAUCCCAAGAUAAUUACUAUCGGCCAGCUGCUAGAACAAACUAUGGCAAAUUUUCAUUUAAGUUUUUUGCUUCUCAAUUAUGGGAGACUACCCGUUUUCCUUAAAUCACUCCCUUUUAAUUCUUUCAAAAAGGAAUAUAAAAACUUUCUACUUUAUAAUCA